AUGAACGCAAUAGCGCAGAAAUACACCAAUGCCAACACCAACACCAUCCAAAACGAGAUAAACUCAAUCAACACCCAGCGCUCCCUCCAACAACAGCACCACCUCGCGCCAUCAAUAUCGAUACCACCAAUUUCACAACCUACAGAUUUUUUACGCGCGCACACCGAUGAUGCCCUGAACCCCGACUGCAAGAUCAAGAUCGCCCACGGCACCACGACGUUGGCGUUCCGCUUCCAGGGCGGCAUCAUCGUUGCUGUAGAUUCGCGAGCCACCGCUGGGAAUUGGAUCGCGUCGCAGACGGUCAACAAGGUGAUCCGCAUCAAUCCGAUGUUGUUGGGUACCAUGGCGGGCGGUGCCGCGGACUGCCAAUAUUGGGAAACGUGGCUAGGCACCCAGUGCAGGCUACACGAGUUGCGUGAGAAACAACGCAUAUCCGUUGCUGCUGCCUCGAAGAUCUUGAGCAAUUUGGUCUACUCGUACAAGGGGAUGGGGUUGAGUAUGGGGACUAUGGUCUGUGGCCAUACUGCCAAGGAAGGGCCCACGAUAUACUAUGUUGAUUCAGAUGGCACGAGGUUGAAGGGUGAUUUGUUUUGCGUUGGCUCGGGCCAGACGUUUGCGUAUGGUGUCUUGGACUCGGAGUACAAGUGGGAUUUGAGCGUUGAAGAGGCGUUGUAUUUGGGCAAGAGAAGUAUACUUGCUGCGACUCAUCGAGAUGCAUAUUCUGGUGGUUCCGUGAACUUGUAUCAUGUUAAUGAGACUGGGUGGACUUAUCAUGGCAAUUACAAUGUGGGUGAGUUGUUUUGGGAAGUUAAGGAUAAGGAACACUCUUUUGUUAAUGUUGAUGGGUGA